AUGGAGACACCUACAUUGCUGCAGAUUAUUGAAGUAUUGCCAACGGCCUUCAGAGAGAAGUUUUCCCAAGGAAAACCUGUGGAUUUAGAGGAGUGGAUGGACACCCAACUCGAAGAAACUUCUUCCCAGUUUCGCUGCUUUUGUUGCUCUAAGGACGACUUGGAUUCUGGUCCCAACACUGAAUCCAGGACCUACUGGCGAAAGAAAGGAAUCGAGAUUGCAGACGACUUUUUCACUGUGACGGUAAAACUAGAUCAUGGUGAGAGGCUGAGGCUGCCUUCCACAUGUGUCUUCACUGAGGCUGGUUUUAUGCCAGUCCCAGGAACAAUAAGAUCAAGGGAGAUGCAAUCCAUGUUUGUGAGCAUUGGAACCGAUUUCUCCUUCAGUUUUUUUGGGGCCGGGAAUGUGCAAUUUAAGAACACAGAAGCGGGAUUGUUGCCAGUCAUGGUCCAAACCACCGCAUGGACAACAGCUAAAGGGAUUGUUGGACUGUCCUCGGCUGAUGCGUUUUUCUGGCUUUCGAUGGCCAAAGCCUGCCCUAUCCGCGAGCCACCAAAACCUGUCCACAGUGACAUUCAAACUGAUACGAAUGACGACGAGCCAACUGAAGAGAGGCCAGAGUUGGCAAAGAAACCAGAACCCGUGCCAGCUGUUGUCAAGCUAUCCAUACCCACGUUUACAGCAUGGAAGCAACGAGUCAGUUCAGGGGUAUCAGCAAAACUAACGAAAUCCUCCACUCUCAACACUAAGGAUGCUGCGUUGAAGCAGUCACUUGCCGCUGCCUCCACAAAGGAGAAUAAGGAGCCAGCGGUGUCUGCAGCAAAAAACAAGAAGUUGGAUGCUGAGAAGCCACCACCGAAGAAAGCCAAGACAUCACAAGCCCCUGGAAAGGUUUCGGAUGCUUCCAAUCAAUCAAAGACUCCUGGCAAGAAGAAACCAGAGGCAAGGCCUGAAGACGAUGACAUCUCCACCUUUGUCAAGGAUAAGUUUAAAGAAGGGAAGCUGAAGGAUAUCACUCUUCCAAAGUUGAAAGCAUUCAUCACCCUGCACAAACUAGGGAAAGUUAGUGGGAAGAAGGAUGAGCUCCUCCUGUGUGUUGAGAGGUUUUUAACUUCAAUUUAG